AUGAAACUUUCCCUUUUCCAGGAAAAUCCUCUUCGUUCUGAUGGUGUCAAACAAGAAGAAAUCGAUGAAGAACAAAUGAUCGACGAACAAUUGGCAAAUAUUCAACAAAGUGUGAAUCGUGUUGAAUUGGAUAACAAACAAUCACUUGAUAGACAUGUUAGUUUCCAAAUUUCAAUAAUAAUUUAUAAAAAUCAAAGUUUUUUAGGGAGAAAUCCAAGAAGUCGAUGAUUUGCUAGCCGGAUUAGGAGAUGAUGACGAAGAAGAGGAAAGUACUGUAGUUACUCUUGGUGAUACGGUAGAUGAGGAAGAUGAAAUUGUGCUUGUAGCCAAAAAGAAGCGCAUUUAA